CUAGCAGCCUACUCAAUCGUCUCACAACAAAAUACUCUGUACGUGUAAAGUAGAGAGACGUAAACAAUAGCCAGUCACGUGACCUACACCUGAUCAGGCUAUUGAAUACGUUGUGCUUUAGUUGCCUCACGUCUGCUGACAACUGCUUGGUACAACGUGUGUGUCGCUGAGUACAAGAAACACGGUGAUCACGUGUUGCAGUAGGUGGUCACAGCUUUUACUGUCUUCAUCUUGCAGAAGGCUCGUACAUCUGAUUUCACUUGGUUUCAUGGGAUCUCACAAGAUUUAAUGUGAUUUAAAUGGAUUUCAUGUGAUUUAAAGGGAUUUACUGGGAUUUCAAUCAGCAAGCCGUCAACUACGUGAGUAAGGCACGUAAUCUAUGAGAACAAGGCACGUGAUCUAGCACCCCAGACAGACGGAUACAACAUACGAGAUCUAGCACCUUUGACACACUGCCACAAGACAGUCCAAGUGAAAUGGCGCGGGUUGAUUACGUGCAGCGGUUGGUGAGUUGCUUCCGUCUGCUGGUGCUGGCUGUGUGUGGGUUUAUCGUGGCGUUCAGCAGUCCGGCGUGGUCAGCCUUGUAUGCCUUCUACGACUACGUCUACACGGGGCUAUGGAUGUGCAGGGACUACGUGUGGUGCUCAAAGAACCUGCUUGGGAACCCACUAACGACCCAGUUUCUGGAAGUUGUUGCUCUGAUUGCUGACGGCAUAUCUGUGGCGGCAGUGGUGUUUUCCUAUUGCGUCCACGUCCGCAGGAACAGAUUUCUCAUCUACCAGAACUUGGCUCUCAGGCUUGCAGCAGUGGCGGCUACUGUGGGAGGUGUCGUAGGUGUGCUGGGCGCUAUACUCUACUCUAUCUACACACGCGACAGACUGGCUUGGGCUUUCGUGUUGUCGUUUUUUGCAUCUGUCGUCAUCAUGGUGAGCGGUGUUGGCCUGCUUGUCCUGGGCACACCUCGAGCUAAACAGAUAUUUAAACGGAAUUUUCAAAUUCUGAUUUGCUGCACAUCCCCCACAAGUUUUUUUUAAUAGCUUUUAUUUAACUCGCUUCCUCAUACUUCCUCGUAGUUCUUCGUCAGUCAUGGUGUGUGAAAUUUCGAACACUUCUAACGGACCAAUUUUUUAAAAAUUUUGCAUGUAGAUCAAAAUCUGAUAACAAUGCAAUGUUCAAUCAAAAUUUGAUUGACUUAGUGCGUAAUUUAUUUUUGAUUUUCUAAUUAAAGUUUCCUACAAGAAAUACUAAAUUUCCGCGAUAUAAAACGCACAUUGUUUUCAUUUGCAAUGCAAUUUUAUUGUAUUAAAUCUUUAAAGUAUUAAUUUUUUUAAAAUAAAAAUCUCAUUAUUUUU